GUCUUUUAUUUCAAUGAUCGUUGGCAACACUGUUUAUUUACAAAUAUCAUAGUUACAUAACCUCAAUCAUUAGAUCGAUUUGGAAUUGUUCUAAACAAUUAAAAAUAUGAAUUUAGAUUUCCGUGAACUGAAGGUUCCGGACUCCUCGUCGCACACCACAAAACCUUCCUGCAUUUCGGCAAUUCAUCUAUGGUUGGUGACCCAAGUCGAACGGAACGAUGACGACUUUAGCCUGGGCGAAGCCCUCCAAUCGUACCAUCCGCUGUUGGAGCACGUAUUCACAUAUUUGGACAAGGCGAGCUUGCAGUGCGCCCGUUGUACGUGCACGAUAUGGAACGAGCUGGCCACGAAGGAGUUGAACAAACGAAUUUCGCCGUCGUGGAUCGCGUUCUACCCUAACGGCCGUUUGACAUGCAGCAGAGGGUUCAGUUAUACGAAUGUGUCUUUCGGAAUAUUCGCGUACAAUCCGAAGCUGGUCAAAUUGGACGGAACGCUGUGCGUGCACGGUUUGUCGGACGAAACGAAGAUGAGCGUUGCAGAGUACUUUGAGUCGAUUACCGAGGCGCGACUGCGCUAUUGCGUAAUAGCGUGCCCGUCUUUGACACCGAUCGUACCGUCGACCAGCGCCGACCAGCUCGCGGUCGGCUUUCAGGGUCUAUUCGUUCCACGCAUUCCGCACGUUGAGACGCACAUGUUCCGGUCGAACGCGAAGUCCGCACCGACGUUCAGGUCCGGAGCGGCGCCCAGACUGCGCGUGAAGUGUUGCAUUAUAUUCAGCGGAAGUACGGUACGUUUACUCGAACCGUUUCUGCGCGCCUAUCUCGCUGCGGAGAGGCCGGAAAGCGUUGCGCUCGGCGGCGGCUUCAUUUACAAUAAAAAAUCGCUCCAAAUGCCGGAAGGCGAACGGUUCAAAGACUCGGAAAUCUUUUGCAUGGCGUUCCUGCAAGCCGACGGCGCCGAAGCAAACUUCGCUGCCCAUUCGGUUGUCAUCGUGAACGAAACGGAAGACGAAGUUGGAUUCGUCAACGAAUUAGUUCAGUUUAAGGAGGGACUAGUGCUUCACAAGUACGGAGUCCUCUUCCGAUUUUGCUGCAAGGCGAAAACGUGGAAAGUCGACGAGAGCGACAUCAUCAGGCGCCACUUCCCCGACUUCGUCCUGUACGGAAUGGACGUCAACGGCGAAAUCGGGUGGAACACGGGCAACGGUUCCACCACCACCGAAGAACUACCUUCGGCAAAAAAGAGACGCAAGAAAGACCUGCCGCCGUACGUCUACGGCUGGUCGACCGUUCUUGUACUACUAACGUGGAAUAAAAAAUGAGCCGUCGCUAAA